CAAUAUGGCAGCGCACUGUCAAGCAUGGGUAUGAUGUUUUGGAAGUAAAUCCAGUCUGUUUUUGUCAAAAUGUAACGGACCUUAAAUAAUUAUUCGAAAAUGUAUGAAGACGGUUGUGGGAUCGACGUUGUCUUACAACAAGAAAGUGAUAAAACAGCACCCUCGUGCCUGCAUGGCCCAACGCUGCUGUUCGAAAAGAUCAACAAGGCAGAGGAGAAAAAGAGACGGUUUUAUGCGUGUUCUGCUUGUCGCGACAGAAAAGACUGCAACUUUUUCCAGUGGGAGGAUGAGAAGGUGUCAGAGGCCAGACUGAAGGCCAGAGAAGAGGAGUACAACUCCAGGAAGCCCCCAUUUACACACACAGAGUACACUCAAAGAUUCCGAGAGUUUGUCUCACUCCCCUUGGAUCAGCGACGGUUCUGUGUGGACUGCCAAAUGUUGCUGCUCCCGAGAGAUUUGGAUGAGCACAGCAAGCACGAGUCGCUCUCUGAUGACAUCACGGUGGCGCGUCUGAGGAGGCCCAGUCUGUUGCUGUGUCCUCUGGAGAACAAGAAGAGCAAUGCACAGUACCUGUUUGCAGACCGCAGCUGUCAUUUCCUCCUGGACACGCUGAUGAAGCUGGGCUUCCGGAAGAUGCUGUGCAUUGGAACACCAAGGCUUCAUGAGCUGAUCAAACUAAGGAAUGCGGAAGGCAAGUCUGAAGUCGUGAGGAGCCUGCUGAUGGACAUUGACUUCAGGUACUCCCAGUUUUAUGGCCAGGAUGAGUUAUGCCACUACAAUAUGUUCAACCAUCACUUCUUUGGUGGAAAUGAGCCCUCAGAGGUCUUUUGUGAUUUCCUGCGUGAGGAAGAUGGAAAUAAGGUCGUCAUGGUGACUGACCCUCCAUUUGGCGGGCUGGUGAAGCCUCUGGCUCAAAGCUUCAGACAGAUCUCAGACACCUGGAGGACGCUUCAAGGCACAGGUGAUAACCAAUCAGAGCUGCCCAUGGUGUGGAUCUUCCCAUACUUCUUCGAGCCACGCAUCCUAGAGUGUUUCCCCUCGUUCACUAUGCUGGACUUCCAGGUCGACUAUGACAACCAUGCCCUGUAUAAACACGGAAAGACGGGUCGAAAGCAGUCCCCCGUGCGACUCUUCACGAACCUUUGUCCCCGGGACAUCGUCCUGCCUGAGGAAGAGGGCUACAGAUUCUGUGCCAUCUGUGAAAGAUAUGUCUCGGCAGACAACAAGCACUGUUCAAAAUGCAACACUUGCCCUUCAAAGGACGGAAGAAAGUGGAAACAUUGUGCUGACUGUCGGAAAUGUGUGAAGCCGACCUGGCAGCACUGCAGCUCCUGUGGCCGCUGUGCUCUGCCGGAUCAUGCGUGUGGGCAGGGCCCGACAGGCUGCUUCAACUGUGGCAGCCUGCAACACAAACACAGAGCCUGCCCAGGCAAGGGCAAAGCCAAGUGGAAAGGGCCAGGUCGAGGCCCUAGUGGACCAGCACACACAGCCAACAGAGGAGCAGCUAAGAAGGGGAAGAAGAAGAAGAAAGCACACAAGAAGCAACAACUUGUAUGAACUCCACAAGACUCUUGUGACAAGAGGACUAUUACACACACACACACUCUCUCUCUCUCUCUCUCUGAUCUUGCCUUUUUAGCAGUUCAUUUAGUAUAUGGAGGCUGUGUAGAAGAUCUAUGCAGAAACAUGUUAAAUUAUGAAACAUAUAGUGUGAAAAAGUAACUCAUUCCAGAUCCAACCAUACCGAAUUUGAUAUGAACGUUUUUGUUACCUCUAGAUAGAUUUCAGCAGGAACAGUGGCCUUGUUAAACUCUGUUUAAUACACACAAUGAAUAUACAGAAUCAUAAAACAUUAAUGCAUUGGAAUCCAGUGUUCAAGGUGUGUAGCAACAGCAUUUCUUUUGGAAAUGUAAUAAAAUGUUACAUUAUUUUGCAGCUACA